GGCAACGGUAGGCAAGAUGAUUUAUAAACAAAAAUGAGCUUACAAAAUGCCAAUUAUUCUUAUCAAUUUUGAGAUAAAAGUUCUAAUAAUUAAGUAUAACUGUAAAGCACAAUAGUUAAAUUUAUUUUCUAAGUUAUCGUCAACUGCCACAAUGGCAUCAAUGAACGUUCGCGAUCAAAAAAUCGAGCAGCAACGACAGUUAAUGGAGAUAAAAAUGAAACAGAAAAGGCAAAAUUCUGGUAUGGUGCAAGCCAACGAUUUAAGGGUUGGUUCAGCUAAGCGGCCCAUAUCAGGGAGUCGUUCGCGCGAACUGCACGGCUAUGAUGGUCCGAUGCAAUUCCUUAUGUCGCCCGUCAACCCAGACCAAGUUAUACCCCUCCAAACAAAUAGAAUGUCAACGUAUGAUGAGCUCGGCAACCAGAUAGAAGUGCUCACGGUGGGCGAUGGCUCUGGCAGCGGGGAAGAAGAAGAGGAAAGCGUGCCUGUAUGCAGCGUGGGCCGGGACGCCAGCGCCGACGACGUGUGCGCUGAUGCUGCAGUGGCACCCAUGCAGGCGAGGUGCGCCAACCGCGAUGUUUCACCUAGCCAGACUGCGGAAAUAGAAGGCUCCGUAGAGGGCGCUGUGGAGACGUUUGUGGUGACGCCAGCGAAGCACGGCACGCUGUACAAGUGUCGGAUAGCUCGAGACCGCAAGGGAAUGGACCGUGGCCUGUAUCCAACGUACUUCCUGCACCUUGAGAAAGAUUAUGGAAAAAAAGUAUUUCUAUUAGCUGCUCGCAAACGCAAGAAGUCUGCAACAUCCAAUUACUUAAUCUCCACUGAUCCAACCGAGUUGACCCGCACGGCAGACAGUUUUGCGGGCAAGCUGCGCUCUAACUUACUGGGCACCGCGUUCACGGUGUAUGAUAAUGGCAAAGCCUGGAGGAAACACGACCACGCGCGCACCAGGCACGAACUCGCCGCUGUCGUCUAUGAUACAAAUGUAUUAGGAUUCAAAGGUCCACGCAAAAUGACAGUAAUCCUGCCGGGUAUGACGCAAGACAGGCAGCGGGUCACCAUCGCGCCGCAGGACGACAGCGAAACCCUUCUAGAACGCUGGAAGAGCCAGACCCUAGACGAUAUAGUCGUGCUUCAUAACAAAACACCCGUCUGGAAUGAUGAAACACAAUCGUACGUACUCAACUUCCACGGCAGAGUCACACAGGCGAGUGUGAAAAACUUUCAAAUCGUCCACGAGUCUGAACCGGACUAUGUGGUGAUGCAGUUCGGUCGGAUAUCGGAGGAUGUCUUCACUAUGGACUAUAGGUAUCCGCUCUGCGCCCUUCAAGCGUUCGGUAUAGCGCUCAGUUCAUUCGAUAGCAAAUUGGCGUGUGAAUAAUAUGUUUUUAUAUUUUUCUAUACUUGGCUCUGAUAUUUAUUUAGAGAAUUCUAAUAGAAGAAUUUUUCUUUUUAAUUUGUCAAAAUUUUUUUGUGAUUAUGUUAAGCGAUAACAUGGCUAAUUGUGGAUCGAUUUUUACAAUUAUUUAUGCCAACGUAUGCUCUCAUCUAUAGUGAUGGUCCUAUUUUAAUUUUAUGACCAUUGAAGUUGCUAUUUUUCUUAGUAAAGCAAAGAAACUAUUGUGAAGCAGAACCUACAUGGAAAUCAUUUGACUGUACACUGAAAUCACAUUUUCAUGCGGAGCAUUAAAUAAUUAAUAUCUAAUUAAAAAAAAAUUACUACUUAUUUAUUAU